ACUUGCCAUCGCACAUCUGCUCCUUUGGCGACCAAAAAGAUCUCAACCCGCCAAUAUUCUCCUCCUUAAGGAACGAGGUAGAGAUAAUUCUGAACUCUGAUUCUUGACCAGACUCGUGCUCUGGAAAAGUUCUUCAUUUCGCGACCGCGACCGCAAACCCCCACAUUAAAACGCACAAAGCCAUGCCCAAAUUCAAAUCAAGCCAGGAAUGGCUUGAACAGUCGGCAUUGUUGCUUAAAGCUUAUCCGACGACUACAAAAAUCACCGCGAAAUACAACCUCCCAAACCCUAAAAAACCACUGAAAUCGCGAAAACGAAAGGCACCUGCUGAUGACGAAGAUGCCACCAAGACAGAAAAUGAAGCUCAGACUCGCCUUGCAACCCUUGAAGUGCGAACAUACAACCCAGAGGCCGGUGUGGUGCUUAAAUAUUCCACAACGAGGGGGUGGGAAGUAGGACGGCUCAUGGCGAGUUUGGGAAAACUAGGGAGACAUAUGGCUGCACUACCUGAGCUCGCUGAGGAUGCAGUUAUGCCGGAUGCAAAAGAAGAGGGAGUCGGAGUGCAGACGCCAGCAACAGAAAUGGCUGGUGAGAAGAGUAAACCAUCGGAAACGGAGGGAAGGGGUGGUCUGGGCAGCGGAGGGGGGAAGAAGAAAAAGAAGAGCAAGAGGUGAAUGAGGCGGAAACUCAAACAUGAAUCAGGAUCGAGCCAUCUUCUGAACGGCUAGAAAUGCUGCUCAAAUGAAGGCACACUCGUCUCUUCGACCAGAACGAACCGAACCCUUCCAUCAAGGUCGGGUAGCGGGUAUGAUUAAAGUCACCGGAAACGGGGGCAAGGUGUCCACCAAAGGACGACAAAGAUCAAGCACAAGUCAUGGUAUCAUGAAGGUUAUGUUCAACUAUCCGUAUCAUACAACAAUGCGCCCUGGCAGAACGCUUGGAUAUCAUAAAAAAUCCCUAAUCGUACAGAUCCUCUCAAUGUUCUUGUGAUAUAGGCACUAUUACGAGCCUUCUUCGAAUAAAGCCUCCGAAGCCUCCAAACCUCGUUAUGAACGAUAGCUAGACAUAGUUCCUGGCAUUGCGACCAUCCGUACCGUGCAUUCUUCGGGUCCCGGCAGCCUUUAGGCCAGG